AUGGUGGGGGAGGACGACGCGGCGGCCGGGGAGGCGGCGCCGACCGUGGUGGACUUUGGGCUGCCCGCUGAGCUGAUGACCGUGCUGCCAUCGGACCCGUUCGCUCAGCUGGACGUGGCGCGCAGGAUCACCUCCAUGGCGCUCUCGCACCGCCUCGGCCGCCUCGAGGCCGAGGCGGCGCGCCUGCGCUCGCAGCUCGCCGAGCGCGACGCCGAGGCCGAGGACCUCCGGGAGCGCGUCGAGCAGCUCGACGCCGCGCUCGCCGUCGCCACCGGCCGCGGAGCGAGCGAGGCGGCGCUCCUGCGCUCGCAGAUCGCCGAGCGCGACGCCGAGGCCGAGGACCUCCGGGAGCGCGUCGAGCAGCUCGACGCCGCGCUCGCCGUCGCCACCGGCCGCCUCCGCCGCGCCGAGGAGGAAAAGGAGGCACUGCUGCGGGACAACUCUGCGCUGUCCAACACCGUUACGAAGUUGAACAGAGAUGUCGCCAAGUUGGAAGUUUUCAAAAAGACACUUGUGCAGUCCCUCCAGGAAGACGACAGCAGUGAUAAUACUGCUCCCGGGGCAAGAGUUGCAGCAACUUCAAAUUUCUCCUCUGCGCCAUCAGAUGAAAAUUCUGCAUUUCCAACUUCCAAAUCAUCACAGGUUUCAGAAACUGCAAGUUCAGUUUCGGAGGAAAAUAACCAAGUUGACCCAGAUGCACCUAGGCCACCCCGUCCUGGACGUCCACAUGUAUUUUUGCCGUCAUACAACAGCACACCAAGGAUGACUCCCCCAGGCUCACCUCCAAGGCGUUUUGAAUCGGUAUCACCGCCAAGGCGGCAUUCAAUCUCCAUUACGUCGAUGAAUAUGUUUAAUGACAGGUCCUCAGGCUUUUCUGGUCAGCAUAGCUCUCCAUUUGACGCUCCAAGUCAAACAGGACGAACAAGAGUUGAUGGAAAGGAGUUCUUUCGUCAGGUCAGAAAUCGAUUAUCGUAUGAGCAGUUUGGUGCAUUCCUGGCUAAUGUGAAGGAGCUGAACGCACACAGGCAGACCAGAGAGGAUACCUUAAGAAAGGCUGAUGAAAUCUUCGGUCCUGAAAACAAGGACAUGUACAGCAUUUUUGAGAGCCUAAUAACUCGCAACAUUCACUAG